CAGUUUACAUCUCCGCGUGUAAAUAAUUAUAUCCGAUCAAACGCGAUACGCGCGCGCGUCCGCGUUAAUAAAGACUUUGGCCUUCGCCGAAGGAGGGAGCUUUUACGAGAUGACAAAAAGCCCGUAGGGCCUUGAACUCUUGUUUGUCGUUCGGCCGUAAACAGUUUGGCGCUGAUCCGCGAGUACUUUUUUUCCCACGCGCACACACGUGCGCGCGCGCAUCUGUCUCGCGCAAAUGAUAGAACUCGCUGGACGAGCUUCAAUUUUUGAUACGUAAGAGUGCUCGAUUACUCGUUGAUCCUCGGUAACAACCGUCGUCUCGUCGAAAUGACGAACGAAUCCGAGACGGCGACGGCGUCGCAGCACCUUCACCAGCAGCAGCUUCAUUAUCACCAUCACCAUCACCAUCACAUUUCUACCGCGUCGUCGCAUCCGUCGGUGUCUUUGAGUUACUCGAUGCCUCGGCCGAGCGUCGCCGGCGGCGGCAGCAGCGGUGUGAUUUCGAGCCUGGCGCAAACUCAAAUGGAGCCACUUCUGACGAGCCCUGCAAGCGCCAACAACGCGUCUCCGGCUAAUCAAGAAUCGGCCCGAAAGCCAGGAACUCGUCGUCAAGAGAAGCCGCCCUACUCCUACAUAGCGCUCAUCGUCAUGGCCAUCCAGUCGAGCCCAGGUAAACGUCUCACCCUGUCGGAGAUCUACACGUAUUUGCAGCAGCACUUCCCGUUUUUCCGCGGCGCGUAUCAAGGCUGGAAAAACUCGGUGCGCCACAAUUUGAGCCUGAACGAGUGCUUUAUCAAGCUGCCAAAGGGCUUAGGACGUCCAGGUAAGGGCCAUUACUGGACCAUCGAUCCGGCCAGCGAGUACAUGUUCGAGGAGGGCAGUUUUCGCCGUCGACCGCGCGGAUUCAGACGCAAGUGUCAGGCGCUGAAGCCGCAGUACGCUCACCAGUACGCCUUCCCGACGGCGACCGGAUCCGUGCAAACCGGCACCGCUGGCUACGAGAAUCUUACUGCAGCAGGAGUCGAUUACGCCAACGGAUAUCAGAAUCAGUACCAAAGCUAUCCGGAAUACGCAGCCGUUUACGCGCCGACUUCCGAGUGGACGUACCCGGAGUACAAGGCACCGCCGAUCGCCGAGAUCACCUGCAAGACCACCGAGUUCAACGUCACUUUGAAGACCGACCCGUCGAUGUAUCGCAACGGCGAGCUCGGACCUUUCAAGAACGAGCCUGGUUACGCUCGAGCAUGCCAAGACCAGCAGACGCAGGUGUUUCACCAAAGCAAUCUCAAAUUGACCGAUCACCAUUUGGCGCAACAGCAGGAGGUGCAGCAGCCGUUCAAGCUCGACACCGAGUGCAGUGGCGUUACCACGACCACCAUUGCUAACAAUCAGAGUCAGGAUUAUUACGCAGCUUACGUGGGCAACGCGGCGCAGAAUUCAUCGAUCAACGUCAACGCGGCGAUUCAGGCGAUCCACACGAUGAAUCCAGCACAGCAGCAGACGGUAUCGAGUAGUAGCCCCGUGACGAACGUCAACUCGCCACACAGCAGCUGUCACACGCCCGUCGCUGAUCACGUUGCAGGUAUGAGGCUACAAUGCCAAAGCGGCGGCAGCUCAAGCAGCUCCGGCGGCGGCAUAGUGGAUAGAAAGCCCUACUUGGCACACGGCGCCUUGAAUUCGUCGACGCUAAGCCUGGGAAACAUCGGCGCCGGUCUCUGCCUUCCCGUCGGCGGCGCCGCUACGAACAACGUCCACUCGGCAGCGCCAACGCCAUCGAACGCGACAAUGUACUACGAUCAGAUCAAGUACAGCAUGUGAGAAAAUUACGACGCUGAUGAUUUGGUGUGCGUGUGAUUCGAUUCUCGUACUGUCUUCCGCAAUAUAUAUAUAUAUAUUUCAGUCUCAUGGAUAAGUGCCUCGAUGACAUUGUGUGUGCAAUAAUCAAAAUCUAUUGAAUGACUUUUCUGUCGAAUGCAUAAUCUCAUCAUCGAGUUUAUUCUGAUCUUCGAUGACGAUAGUUUGAUAUGUGUAAUUUAUAAAAUGUUAUUGAUAUCCCAUUGCAAAUGUUGAGAGAGAGAAGGUGAGAGAGGAAACGAGAGCAAUAUUCGUUAAAAUUCAACAAUAUUAUACCAAAAUAUUCUAAUCAGUUUUAGAUUUUUAUAGCAUUGGAUGUAGAUUUAAUUACAAAGUAUUUGAGUAAUACGAUAUUCAUAUCAAAGGUAUUUAUAAACCCUGUAAUCAUUGAUUUUUUGUCAAUAAUGCAGAUUAUUU